AGGAGCUGGGCGCAGACGCGGCGACCCGACGCGGCCGUGGCAGGCGGUUGCGCGGCGGCAGCGCGGCUCCAGGCCUGCGGUUCCCGGCGCUGCGGGCUCCCGGCAGCGGCUCUGCAGGCCCCGGCCCCCGGCGCGCAGAUCUGAUCAGUUACGUGGUAUGCUUUCCGAGUGUUGAACCAGCCUUGCAUCCCUGGGAGAAAUCCCACCUGGUAAUGGUCUACUGGUCCACCUGCUGGCCAUACAAGUCUCUGGGUUUUCAACGAAGUGUGACCAGUUCUUCGGAAGAGCUUCCAGAGUCCAACUCGCCGCCGAGGGACGAGCGCUGCGGGCCCGGCCUCCCGGGUGCAGCCGCCAGCGCCCAAGCUCUGCUAUCUCACGUCUGGCCAGGGAGGGGGGCUGCCAGGCACGCCAUCUCUUCUGGACAUAAUGUGACGUGGGGAGAUGAUCUGCAUUUCUUCUGAUAUAAGGCUACAGGUUAUGAGUUCAAAAACAGGGGCUAUCGUAGUCGAACCAACCACCGGGCUUCAGGGUCUAGCCGACCCCGAAGACCGCCCCCUCACUAAGGGCUCCGUUCCUUACCGUCCAGAGGAAGGCGCAACCGGAAGAGGCGGGGCUCCCGCCCGGACGCGGCGCUCCCGCCACCAUGGCUUCUCGUGGGGUUGUUGGCAUUUUCCUCCUCUCUGCUCUCCCCAUCUUGUGUCUGGAGCUCCGGCGUGGGAGCCCUGAUCUAGGAGUUAAAGAUCUAAUUUUGCUGUGUGGUCGGAUUUUCUUACUGCUUGCUCUUCUUACUUUAAUUAUUUCUGUGACUACCUCAUGGCUUAAUUCAUUUAAAUCAUCUCAAGUAUAUCUGAAAGAAGAAGAAGAGAAGAAUGAGAAACGGCAAAAACUUGUCAGAAAAAAGCAACAAGAGGCACAAGGUGAAAAGGCCAGCAGAUACAUAGAGAAUGUUCUAAAACCUCACCAGGAAAUGAAAUUGAGAAAACUGGAAGAGCGCUUUUAUCAGAUGACGGGUGAAACCUGGAAGUUAAGCACCGGUCAUAAACUUGGGGGUGACGAAGAUUUGGGGCUUGAAAAUGAGAGCCAGACAUCUUUUGAAACAUCAAACAGAGAAGCAGCAAAGAGAAGGAACUUGCCUAAGCCUCUAACCAAAAUUUCACCAUCUGCUGAGCAGCCUACGCAGAAGGAGGUUCUUAAUCUACCUGAAGAACCUCCUGAAGCAGCUGAAGAAGUAGUUACUGUUGCUCUCCGAUGUCCAAGCGGGAAUGUCCUGAGAAGAAGAUUUUUGAAGUCUUGCAGUUCACAGGUCUUAUUUGACUGGAUGAAGAAAAUCGGGUACCACACAUCCCUAUACAGCCUUUCUACUUCCUUUCCCAGACGGCCUCUGGAAGUGGGGGGAGGCUGGUCACUGCAGGACAUAGGAAUAACCGUGGAUACUGUACUCAACGUGGAAGAGAGAGAGCAGAGCAGCUAAUUCAGAAAUGAGAACUACCUGUUCUACAUAAAAUCAGUUAUGCCAUGACCUUACAGGACAAUAAAGGAUUCACAUUGAAAUUACGCCAUUGGCUUGAUUCAGCUCAAGUAGAUAAACACUUUAAUGUUGAUAUCCUUGGGAACAUAGGGACAGAGGAUUAGAAAAGGAUUACUCUCUGUAUAUAAUAGUUUUUGGAAUGUGCCAUUUUACAGUAUACCAAAUGAAAACUAGAUAAAGAUGUAUUUGGUAAGCACUCAAAGAUUUGUAUUUUUCCUAGCCGACAUCAUCUAUCGCUGUGUUGAAAAACAAAGUCAUAUGACUCGGUUUUCUGCCUCUUUGGUCCACCUUGUCACACUGAACAUUUCAUAAUUCGGUCAAAUUCUCUAAUGCCUGUUAAGUAAGAAUGUUUGUUCUGCUGUAUUUCUAGAAAUUAAACCUUAAAAGACAUUUCAAAGGUCUUUAAUGCUCUAAAGUUCUUUUCGAUAAUCUGAUAAAGGGUUAGUAUCCAAAAUAUGUAAAGAACUUACACAACUCAAUACCCCAAAACCCCCAAAUAAUCCAAUUAAAAAUGGGCAGAAGGAAUCCCUGGGUGGCGCAGCGGUUUAGCGCCUGCCUUUGGCCCAGGGUGCGAUCCUGGAGACCCGGGAUCGAAUCCCACGUCGGGUUCCCAGUGCAUGGAGCCUGCUUCUCCCUCUGCCUGUGUCUCUGCCCCUCUCUCUCUGUGUGUGUGUGACUAUCAUAAAUAAAUAAAAAUUAAAAAAAUAUAUUAAAAAAAAAGAGCUUUAAAAAAAAAUGGGCAGAAGACAUGAACAGACAUUUCUCCAAAGAAGACAUCCUGAUGGCCAAUAAACACAUGAAAAGCUGCUCACCAUCACUCAUCAUCAGGGAAAUACAAAUCAAAACUACAAUGAGGUAUCACCUCAUACCUGUCAGAAUGUCUAGAACCAAAAACACAACAGGUGCUGGCAAGAAUGUGGAGAGGAGUCCUCUUGCACUCUUGGUGUGAAUGCAAACUGGUGCAGCCACUGUGGAAAACAGUAUGGAAGGAGGUUUCUCAAAACAUUAAAAAUAGAACUACCCUGUGAUCUAGUAAUUGCACUAUUAGGUAUUUACAAAAAAAAAAAAAAGAAUACAAGAAUACUAAUUCAAAGGGAUACAUGCACCCUUAUAUUUAUAGCAGCAUUAUUUACGAUAGCCAAGAUAUGGAAGCAGCCAAGUGUCCUGUCAGUUGAUGAAUGGAUAAAGAGGUGGGUACACACACUGGAAUAUGACUCAGCCAUAAAAAAGAACAAAAUCUUAUCAUUUGCAAUGACAUGGAUAGAGCUAGAGAGUAUAAUGCUAAGCAAAAUAAGUCAGAGAAAGAUAAAUACAUUAUUUCACUUGUGGAAUUUAAGAGGUAAAACAAGCAAAGGGAAAAAAACAGACUCAACUAUAGAGAAUAAACUGAUGAUUAUCAGAGGGGAGGUUGGGGGGAUGGAUGAACUAGGUGAUGGGGAUUAAUGAGGGCACUUACCCUUGUGAGUGCUGGGUGACUAAAAAAAAAAUGAAAAAAAGUUUUAGAAAAGUUUUUUGAUAAGUAUGUUAUACUGAAUUAAUUUUACUGAAUUGUUUACUGAAUUAAUGUCAAGAUUUAUUUAACUUCACCUUGCAUUAAAUUGGAACAUUCACAAGUUCCAGGAUCAGUAUUUUAAAAAUAAAACAAUGAAAACAUUAUAGGUAAAUUAAAUAUAUGUGUAUAUAUGUAUAUAUGUAUAUAUAUUAUAUUUAAAUCUGGUUAUUUCAUUUUCCUGCAGUGGUAUAUUCAUAUGCUAUAAUACCAAGUUCAGCUCACAAGUGUGGUCUAAAAAGCUCUUUGUUCUGGUCACUCCCUUUUUCUUAUGUUCUAUGUUAAGGGUCAGUUAAGUUGGGCAUCCCGGGCUGCUCAGCGGUUUAGCGCCACCUUCAGCCCAAGGUGUGAUCCUGGAGACCCGGGAUUGAGUCCCAUGUCAGGCUCCCUGCAUGGAGCCUGCUUCUCCCUCUGCCCGUA